UUUCUCUGAAUGUGAUGAUGAAUCAUACAUACCUGAAAAAGAUCAUUGCAAAAUGAUCAAGUUUUAAUUGGAACGGACGAGUAAUCCAACAAAGUAUAAUAAUAAAACUAUAUAAAUAUUUCAGCAUUGCUUUCCUUGCUAUUCAAGUAAAUGUUUUUCGAAGAAUUUAUUUUUAACCGUUCUCAUUUUAAGCAACGAACAGUUCGUUACGAACUUGACAAGAUCUUACAAUUUAUACACAGUGUGUAAUCAAAACAAUUUAAGCAACCACGUACACUUUGCAAUAAUUUGUGAUACAAUAACUAACGCCGUAAGGGAAGAAGCCGUUUUUUGCAUUAGGUUUAAAAGUAGAACAAAACAACUAUGUCACUAUUCGGCUUUGGGAAAAAGAAGGUCGAAACACCAGCAUCCAGUGCUAAAGCAACACAGCGUGCAAAACGCAGCGAGGAAUUUGAACAGAGAAAAGCUCAAAAUAAAGCACAGCUAGGUAUGUUCAUGGGUCUAGACGAUGAUAUUUCUGGGGGCGGUGGGGGUGGCUCUGGAAGCUUUGAUGUGGAUGAUGCUGAUCUCGAAAAUGAGCUACUCAACCUCUUGGGCGACAAUAAAUCUAAAUCGAGAGGCACUGCGUCAGCCCCUCCAUCCAAGGGUCAUGGCGUGACAAACAUAAAUCUGGAUGAUGACGAAGAUGGUGCGUACAGUGGAAACGAUGAUGAGGACGACUUGGACGACCCUGAACUCCAUGCCGAGCUUGGAGAAAUAUUGGGAGAACCGGAGGGGAAUACAUUAUCGCAUAAUGUAGAUAUAGGAGAAGUUCCUUCUGACGACGAUGACGAGCCAUCACCUCCUAAGCAGACCAUGUCCAGUGUGGAGCUCGUCAAAGUACUAAACGAAAGGCUACAGCUGUAUGAACAAGCUAAACUUGCAUCGGACAAGGUUGGGGAUUUAGGGAAGUCUAGGAGAUUCACUCGAGGAAUAAAAACGCUAAAAGAAUUGCAAGGCAAGGCAAAAGCAGGCAAGGUCGUGAACGAGGUUGAGAUUCCACCUGCAGUUUCAAUAGGCGUUGCUUCAACAAUGAAUAACAAACCAACAACGACCACUAAUGAAGAAGGUAUUUGUGGAGCUUUAUCUCCAAAUACUGACGAUCACCCUGCACCGGUGGCCGAAGUAUCAACAGAUUUCCUCGCCCCAUCGCCACAACCUUCGCAACGCCUCCCAGAACCAAUUAAACCAACUCCUGCAUUUGUAACGCCAGUUUCACCUCCUCCGGUCCCACCUCCAAGAAAGAUAGUCGUCCCCCCAGAACCCCCAGUGGACUAUGGAUCGAAGAAUGAAAUGCAAGUCAUAACAGAACCCCCCAUUGACUAUGAAAGUACAACAGGCAAGACUCCUCAAGUAAAUGAGAGAGGACUAGAAAGGAUAAAAGAUUACAGAAGAGUUGCCGUUGUUUUAAAAAGGACGGGGGAUGUUUCUGGAGCUCUAAAUUAUCUAAAGUUAUCGAAAGAGUUAGAAAUUGCUCUUGGUGGUGACGUAAAUGUAGAUCUUCUGGAACAAUUUCCUCCUGUUCCAAAGACUUUGAUAAACCCUUCUGAAAUUCCACUGACCCAAGUGCCAACAAAACUCAUUGAUCAACAUCAAAGCCAUUCUGAAGGGGAUCCAAUACAAACACAAAAUGAAGUGUGCUCUGGAGGUGGAAGCGGGGAAGAUAUUUUCCAUGCUCCACCACCACCAAAUUCUGUUAUUGAAGCGUUACAACAGCGGUUAGAUAAAUACAAGUCUGAAGUUGACAAAGCCAAUGCUGCGUCCAACUCUGGUAAAGCAAGAAGAAUGGGACGAAUUGUAAAGCAAUACGAGGAGGCAGUAGAACUUUUUCGAAAGGGGAAACCUGUUCCUUAUGAUGAACUUCCUACGCCACCCGGAUUUGGUCCAAUCCCUGUCCCAAGUGCAGCUGGAGGUCCGACACCAACUAUUAAUAGAAUUCAAGUCCAACCUCAGCCAGAAGACAUUUCACCAGAGAAGCGGAUAAAACCUGGCCCAUCUUCUAGUCCCUCAUCUGGUCUUACUCCUCCCGGACCUUCAACUUCUUCCAUAAAUCGGGGUGCUGUUGGUGGAAAGCCAAUGACAAAAUUGACAUUGCAAGAAAAACAGCUACAAGACGUACAAUUAAGACAAAAACAAUACCGUGAUGCUGCAAUAGAAGCAAAGAAACGAGGUGAUAUCAAUCAGGCAAGAGAAUACCUGAGAAUAUCAAAAGGAUUUGAUAAUCUUAUCGAGGCUUCCAAAUCUGGAUUACCAGUCGACCUUAAAACGCUGCCAUUGCCUCCUGAAGCGCUUGCUUCGUUGGAAGCAGAGGAUUUUGAACUAGUCUCUGACCAAGACUGCUUAGUUCCUAGCGGAGGGAAUUUGGAAGUUUUCGCCAAGUUAGAAGAAGACCUAAAGUCACAACUAAAGAUGUGUAUGAGAACAAGAGAGCAUUUUAAAGCCGUGGGGGAUGUCGGGUCUGCAAAUAGGUUCGAGUCUAUGGCACUAGACACUAAAAGAGAUUUGGAUGCACUUCGAUUAGCUGCAAAAAGUGGGGCAGCUGCACCAAAGUAUCAUUACGAAAAUCGGAUUUUUUCCAUAACAGAGUGCAACACAGACAUUAAAGAAGACGAAAUCGAAAUUACAGUUGUUCGAGGUAUUAAUUAUAAAUCAACCAGUUCCAUCGACACGUUUAUAAGAGUAGAACUACCAUAUCCGUCUCAAGAAGAAGCUCAAAGUCAAAAGUCGGCGGUUGUAAAAGACUCGACGGAUCCAGAGUAUAAUGUCACAUAUAAAAUGAACAUUAAUAGGAGUGCUCGUAAUUUCCAACGCUUUGUUCAAAGACACGGAGUUAAGGUUGAAGUAUGGUCCAAAGGUGGAUUUUGCGGUUGUAUGGGACAUUUAUUUUGUUGUACUUCUUGUCGCAGAGGAUUCCUCAGGUCCUCGUCCCUAUUUGGGGUGGCCACGGUCAAACUACAGUCCCUCGGAAAUAAGACAGAGACCCACGAUGCCUUCGAAGUUCUUGAUGGACGAAAAGUAGUGGGAAAGGUCGAGGUCAAAAUUCGAUUACGUGAUCCAGUUUUGACUAAACAAAUUACCCAGAAGAAGGAAAAAUGGUUAUCCAUAGAUCGUGCCUAAAUGUUUAUUAUUGCCUUAUGCUGUUUGUUGUGAUAUUUAAGAUAUAUUAAAAUUACAAUGAAAUAAAGUGGUUAAGUACGUACGACGACCAA